UUCAAUAUUUUAGUAACGUACUCGGAGGAUUGAGUCUUGGCAGACUUCUGUGAGGAGACUGGAGUGUGUGUACAGUGGAAGUGUUGCGAGGAUAAGUGUUCAGGAUAGUUACAGUAGCUUAUCAUGGAUAAUUGAUCGCAAAAACGUAAAGAUCUCGAGUUUGGAUAUUUUCUAAGACUCAGUGAUUCCAGUCUUCGAGUGUUCAAUUCCAGACUUUAUUGUUGAGUGCAUCAAAGAACUGACCAUUACACAGGUCCAGGUUAGUCACACGAUUUUUUUUAUUUGCCAGGAGUGCACUCUUGUUAAAUUGAGGCUCUUCGGGCGUGCAGUAAAUAACGCCAUCAAGUAUCAUGAUGAGGACGCCUUCCUGGAUUUGAACUUCGCCUUCUCGCGAGAGCGAUGAUGACACUGAAGAGAUCAUGCAAUCUUCUCUAAUGUAUUGACCCGACUCGUUUUCCUCUUUUCAACACUUGUUACAUUUGACCAAAUCCAAGAUGAGUGGCCAAAUAAUAUUAAUUUUGGCUCUGGGAAUUUUACGUUCGGCUCACAUUCUUCUGGCCGCCGAAGUUAAUUAUUCCAUACUAGAAAAAAGCCCCGCGGGUACGCUGGUUGGUAAUAUAGCCGAGUCCAUCGAGCUAGCCAAUCUGGUAGCUCAGUCUAACCUGGCAUCGAUGAGGUUCAGUUUUUUAAAUGCGGAUUCUGAGUUCAACGAUCAAUUCGAUUUGGGUUUCAGAACCGGAGCGCUCACGGUGUCAACAAAGCUUCUUGAUCGGGAGGAUAUUUGCCCGUACGACGUAAACUGCGUUCUUGAGUUACAGGUGGCCAUUCAGUCAACGCAGAACCAGUUUUUCCGCAAGGUGACCAUUAACGUGGACAUUGUGGACAUCAACGAUAAUGCGCCCCAGUUCAAGGUCAACCAGACCACGCUGACCAUCUCGGAAUCAGUUCAGGUGCCAUCUACUUUCCCGCUCCCUUCUGCUCAAGACAAAGACACCGGGAGAAAUAACUCCCUGAAAGAGUAUGAGAUAGUCCCCAAAGAAGGCCCUUUCGAGUUAGUCUACUCAAUUCCUAGCUCCAACCUGCUUCUCAGGGUAGUGAAGGAGCUAGACCGAGAAUCUGUGAGUAAAUACUCCGUCAAGAUCAUUGCACGCGAUGGCGGGUCGCCCCCGAAAGAAGGCGUGCUGGACCUUGACAUCGUGGUGGAUGACGUCAACGACAACGCACCCGUCUUCACCAAAGACAGCUACUCCAAGGUGGUGGACGAAACGUUAGCUCCGGGGUCUAUUCUGAUGACGCUCGUGGCUACCGACGCUGACGCUGGAAAGAACGGUCAGGUCAGGUAUAAUCUAGGUCGCAGACAGUCAUCGUCAGUGCUUUCAAUGUUCUCAAUAGGAGAUACGUCAGGCGAGCUAAGGCUGAUGGGGGACUUCCAGACGGCAGAAACAGAGGUGUACAAGGUCGAUGUUGAGGCCAGUGACCAAGGUGAUCCCCCUUUCACAACGACUACCACUGUGACCAUCACAGUGAAAGACACCAUCAACAGCCCUCCCAAACUAGUCAUCAGCUUCCUGUCCAGCAACGACUUUUCUUCCGUCUCGGAGUAUGCCAACCUGGGGGUCGCCGUUGCUCACAUCUUGGUCAAGGACACCGAUCGCGGCCCCAACGGGAUCGUCCAGUGCAACCUGACCUCUGCUGGAGGCUACUUCGAGCUCCAGAGCUACGACGUAAAAGAGUAUAAGGUCAUCGUGGCCAAGCCUCUGGACAGAGAAUUGACCAGCGUGCAUAACGUCACCGUCGAAUGCUACGACGCUGGGAUGCCUUCUCUAAGCACGUCCAAAACAUUCCAGGUCAAGGUCAUCGAUGAAAACGACAAUGCCCCGGAAUUCCCAGAUAAAGUUCUACAGGUUAGAGUCAAAGAAAAUAACCCGGUGGGUCUCCUCAUCGCAAAGCCGACGGCUGUAGAUAAAGAUGACCCAGAUACACCGAAUGGUCGCGUUAGCUACAGGCUGGCUGAUAUCAACGAAGGGGAGUUCACUAUCGAUGCCACCUCCGGUGCCAUCAAGGCGAUGAUCUCUUUCGACUUCGAGAAACGCAGAUCCGUCAAUUUCAUGGUGAUUGCCGAGGACAACGGCAUUCCUCGGAGAUCCGCCAAGUUGGAAGUAGUAGUCAACAUCAUCGAUGAGAACGACAACGCUCCUCGCUUCGCGCAGAGUCGUUUUUCAAUAUCCAUGUCGGAAUACGCCGAUGUCGGCACCAUCAUCGGAGAUCUAUCCGCCUCUGACUUGGACUCGGGAAUGAAUGGUCAGUUCGAGACUUCUUUGGUUCCAGGUUCUGGCAGAAGCAGGAGAAGCGAUUCCAAUGGAUUUAAUCCGAAGGAUUCAGCAGCCGCGGGAGGCUAUCAAGGCGUGGAUGACAGCGAUCUCCCCUUUCUGCUGCAGCCCAAUGGUACGCUGUCUCUGAAGGAGAUGGUGGACCACGAAGUGACCAGCUCUUUCGAGUUUGAGGUGGAGGUCCAAGAUCGGGGGUCUCCUCCUCUAAGCACCACGGCCACGGUGGUCAUCGACGUCCGGGACGAGAACGACAACGCCCCUCAAGUGCUGCACCCCAAUGUCUCGGAGAUCGUGUUCACGGCCUUGACCGGUUCUGACACCCCAGAAACGCUCAUGACGUUUGAGGUGGUGGACAAGGACAGCGGAGAGAACGGCAGGAUCGUUUUCACCGUGACGGCCCGGAACGACAGCGGCAGGUUUGAUGUUGACCAGAGGACAGGGGAUGUCAUACGGACACGUGGACUAAAUGCCAAUGAUGCGGGGACGUACAAGCUAUCCGUCAUGAUCAAGGACUCUGGAAACCCUCCUUUGUAUGACGUCAGGACCCUCCUCAUCCACGUGCAGGGCGGCAACGGCACGGCGGCCUCGCGCAGCGGCAGCGGCAACGGCGACCAGUACAUCGUCAUCGCGCUGACCCUGGUCUGCAUCACCGUCCUUCUCAGCGUGACCAUCCUGCUGGUCAUCGUCAUCAUGCGGCGCUUGGACCGGAGGCGCAAGGCCUCCAGGCACAUGGAGCCCUCCGGCGCCAUGCAGUUCCACAACAGCCGGGUGGUCACCGCUUUCGUGGACCCCAUCAAGAUGGAUAACUUCCACGGGGAGAGCGAGGACCACGACCUGCGCGAAGACGUAGACGGCAAGGGAGAGAAGAAGAAAAUCAACGACUCUCGCUUCGGAUUUUCCCCUUCAAGCGGGAGCAUCAACAAAGCCAGUGACGUCAUUUCCUCUCAGGUAAUUCAAGAGAAUAACUUAAACCUUCCGACGUCCAAUAUGUCUGAUGUAGAUCUGUUACAGACAUUUCACAACUCUAAGAGUUGCGGCGUUGUUCCAGAAGAUGGCGCCAGCGACUCCUCAGGGGAGACCAUCACCAGCGACAGUGGGCGUGGCGGAAGUGACGAGGACAUUAGUGCUUCGAACAAUUUGUCUGGCAACCUGGACGAUUCCCGAGGCGGUCACAAUGGAAGCUUCCAAUCCAACCUAAGCACGUUCUGUAACUCUGCCAGUCUCAAGUCCAGUGUAAAAGACCCGGUCAGAGGAAGCUCCAGGAAACACGUGACCUUCAAAGACAUGGAGCGCUUCAGAAACAGCAUCAGAUGCCAGCCCGACUCAGGGGAGAGCGCCACGUUGCCCAUGACGAUGCAGGAAGGCGGCACCUCCCAGGGACUAGUUUUCAACCCCGUUCGCCCCCAGCAAGCUCCAAUGAGGGAGAUGAACAUUCCUGUUACUCGGGAAAAAUCCAGCAACGAUCGCUUGGCGGCGCAGCCCAACUACGGCAGCUUUUCGGGGAAUCCCGUUUCUAAAUAUAACCCAAGGAGUUUAACGUCUUCUGCAUACAACGAAAGCCUUGGGCGAGAUUCUCCGAGAUUGCUGACGUUUUCCACGUCAGAGCCCCCGCAGCAAUCGUUCCAGAAUCUCUGCAACCCGAGGUUACCUAUGUACUGUACCGAGGACAACAUACCCAGCCCGAUGCCCACGGAGGCACAACGGGACUGGAAGACCUAUCCGGUGACCGGGUGCACCGAGCCAAGCAAUGGGAGCAUGGCUUACACUCAGAUGACCUCUCCCAUCGACAAACUGUUUCAUUCACAGCACAGAACAUCAAGUCCCUACACCGUCCAAAACAUGGCUGACCAAAGGCCAGCUCACCCCAAAGAGACCAGCUGGUCAGAGCUGCUCAACAACAUGAACACAUCGAAAGAUAAACUUUUUCAGAGGGCGCCUUCCAACGCCUCUCUCCACCCCGACCCUCGCCUUCACUCGCCCGCCCCGCACAUCCCACCGCGUCGUCACGACGUCCAGUCACCGCGAAGGGACGUCCACGCGUCGCAGGCGUCCUUGACUGGUAGAGACGUCAGCAAAUUUCAGACAUGCGAGCUGCCCAGAAACACCUCGUCCCAUCUGGCACCCUCCAGAGACUGGACCAGCGACAGCAUCGCCACCACGGAAGACGGCGAUGACCAACGGUCAACGACAACGACCUCUGGGAGCUACACCAUCGACAACGAGGAAGACUAUUUAUCAUUAGAAUACAAACCCAAGGACAUUGUUGUAUAGUAAUGCACCACUAUCAUUAAGAUAAUAGGAUUAUCAUUGCCACUAAUAAAACUAUCAUUUAUCUCGGGAUUAUCAUAAUCAGUAGUGAAGCUAUUAACAAAGCCAUUGGUGGACAUCUUAAGGAACAAUCAUACGUGAUACUAUCAAAGUAUCCUUGAUAAACUUAUCCAAGUCAUUAGAUGAAAACAGUCUUGAUUAUCUACAAUCUAUGACCAUCAUUGAUAUUAACAUUGCCGUUUGUAAAUUCAUGGCUAUGGAUAUUCUAAUUUGUUCCAUUUUCAUUGUUGUGUGAAACCGUAGUGACUGUAAUAAACAUAGACACACGCUGAGAUAAAAAUAUGUGUAUGAAAUUGUGAACGUUUAUUAGAGGAAUGAAACAGACACAAGACUCUCUAUAAAUAGAUUUACUUUCAACUAGAAAUGUAUUAUCAUUAAGACAUUCAUUACAGCCAAGAUUCAGAAGUAUUCAUACGAUUAGUAUAGAGUAUUCUUUGUAUAAACAGAUUGUAUAGUGUGAUUGUUUACUAUGUGUGUCUGCCCACCUUUCUCUGCGAUAUUGUAGAGGUGUCAUGAUGCAGUGGCGGCAUCGCGGCCAUGAAGACUCAUUUAAUAAUCCAAAUCACUAUUUAAAGUAAUGUUCAUUUAUCUGUUGUUGUUUUCUCUCCCCCUCCCCCCCCCCCCCCCACCAUCAAGCAACCAUCCUAACCCAGUGGCGCUACGGCCCAUGGAGGCCUCUGGCCUGCCUCUUUUCUCCAUUCGGAUCUCUCCUGAACCUUUCGACUCCACCUCGCCCUUAAAACAGUGACACCCUAACUGCGGCCCGCGGGCCGAAUCCGACCCGUGAAAUAGUGUUAUCCGGGUUCGACACUUCUGCUUACGGUAUAUGACGGGGCUAAAGCAUUGGCUAGCACUUAUUUCAAUAAUUAGGUUUCUUUGAAAUAACGUGUUUAUUUUUGUUGUUGUUGUUGUUUUUUUUACAAUGCCUUUAUGUCGACGGACGUAAGGGUGCCAAAGCUGUGCACAUUAUUUUGUUUGCCUAAGACUGUCUUGAUGGUGAAUAAUUGCAACGAGAUUAUGCUUUAAACCAAUAUUAAAGGAUUCAUUUGUGGUGACAGUGUAAUGAAAUACGCUUAAUAAAUGAGUUUAAAUAGUGGAUGUUGUGAAUGAGUGUUUUUUCAAUGAGUGUAACGAAUGACUUUGAAGAUUGAAGUGAAUAACUGAUGAAGGUGUGGCGAAUGACUUUGGUGAAUUUAGUGAAUGACUUUAGUCAAAGAGCUUAGUGAAUGACUUUAGUCAAAGAGCUUAGUGAAUGACUUUAGUGAAAGAGUUUAGUGAAUGACUUUAGUCAAAGAGCUUAUUGAAUAGUAAAAGAGCUUAGUGAAUGACUUUAGUCAAAGAGCUUAGUGAAUGACUUUAGUCAAAGAACUUAUUGAAUAGUAAAAGAGCUUAGUGAAAUACUUAGUCAAAGAGCUUAGUGAAUGACUAUAGUCAAAGAGCUUAGUGAAUGACUUUAGUGAAAGAGCUUAGUGAAUGACUUUAGUCAAAGAGCUUAUUGAAUAGUAAAAGAGCUUAGUAAAUGACUUUAGUCAAAGAGCUUAGUGAAUGACUUUAGUCAAAGAGCUUAGUGAAUGACUCUAGUCAAAGAGCUUAGUGAAUGACUCUAGUCAAAGAGCUUAGUGACUGAAUGUAGUGGUUAAAGUGUCUGUCAGACAGAUCAAUG